AAAAAUAAAACUGAGUCGAGUCGAGUCAAUCUGUCAAAGUGAAGUCAAGUCAAAUUUUUCUAUAAAAAUUGCAAAUAUUUUCCUAUUCUAUUCUUGUAAGUUUCAUAAUACAACAAGUUUCUUUCUUACAAGAUGAAGCUGUCGCUUGUACUGUUUCGACGAAAUCGCUUACCAAAUGGACAUUUGUUUCGAGGAAAAGAUCGAUUAGUAAAAAAAGUUGAACCAAAACAUCUCAAGAAAAUUCAAGAUGAUUUUGCAAUAGAGGAAAAAAAUAUGUUUUAUUUACGGUUUCCGUACCUCACAGAAGCUGAAAGCAGUGGCCACACUAAAGCCCUUGGUAAACCAGAAAUGAGGAAAGAGAAACUGUUAGACAAUCAAAGAAGGAUCUUCAAACAAGAUGUUACUUUAUAUGAGAGGCUACAACAUCUCAGAGUGAAGGAAUCUUGGGAGUAACUCCUAAUCAUGUAGUUUAGUGUACAUAGGUUAUUUAAUGUAGUAAAAAUUAUUAAUAAAAUUUAAUAAACAA